AUGCUGGAAGAAAAUAACAAUGGUCAUAUCUCAAAUGGUCAUUUACCAAAUUCAAAGGUGCCAACAACCACCACCACAACAACAACAACAACAACAUCAGCUGAAGCUGAUAUGGCUCAGUCAACUUUGUUAACAAAGUUUAUGACUUGGAUUGACCCAUUUGUUGAUUUCUCGUGGUUUAUCAUUUGCUCCAUUGGUUUCAUAUUUCAGGUUUCUUUGCUGAUCAAUAAUGCUGGCGUAGUGUCGGGUCUGCAUUUGCUUGAUACCCCUGAUCAUUUAAUUGAACGUUCGUUUAAUGUAAAUGUAAUGGCACACUUUUGGACUACCAAAGCUUUUCUACCCAAAAUGAUUGAGAAUCAACGUGGUCAUAUCGCUACCAUUGCUUCAUUAGCUGGUCAUGUUGGUAUAACCAAAUUGGUUGACUAUUGUGCUAGUAAAUUUGCAGCUGUGGGCUUUGAUGAAGCAUUACGUUUAGAACUUGAAGUCCUUGGUCAUACAAAUAUUCAAACAACAUGUGUAUGUCCAUUCUUUAUACAACAGACUGGCAUGUUUGAUGAUGUUAAUGCACGCUGGGUGCCCACUCUCAAUCCCAAUGAUGUAGCUGAUCGUGUCAUAACUGCCAUUCAGAAGAAUGAAAAAAUUGCCAUAAUUCCUGGUUACAUUAAACUAUUGCUCUCCUUUAAGUGGACCUUCCCUUGGGGAUGUAUUGCUGGUCUGCUCAGACGUCUAGUGCCUGAUGCUUCACCUCACGGUUUAGCUCAGAAAUCUCUUCUCAACUUUUACAAAAAAUCUUCAUUCUCUAAACCGUCACCUGGUCUUAUUUCACCCGCUCCCAUAAUUACAGACAUCGGCAGUAAUGUGUUUAAGGAGCCCUUAACUAAAGCGGGUUCAUUACUUAUACAACGUUCUCCUUCGCUGGGUGAACGUGUUUUAUAAAUUAAUCUGUACAUAAAAUACUUAGUUUAGUAAUUUGUAGUACUUUUAUUUCUUUUUACCUUUUUUAGUAAUUUAAGUGUAUUAGGCUACGAACACACCUAAGAGGUUUAGUUAAUUAAGUUUUUUUUAUUUCUAAUAUUUACGUGCUUUUUAUUUAUUAAAUUGGCAUAUUUUUAAUUAUUUUUUUUAAAUGUUUAUUUUCUUGAAUUUUUUUUUAAAUAGUUUAAUUUUAGUUAUUUUAGUUGUAGUUAGACAAAAAUUUAUAAAGAAAUUGUUUAAAGAGUCUUAAAAAGAAAGUCUGCUGAGGAUGCAGAGGAUUAUAAAGAAAACAUUUAUUUUCAUUUUGAAUUAAAAAAAAAAGUAUUUACUAACAAUGCCAUUUGCAUAAAUUGUGAUUACUAUAGAAUUCUAUUAAUCAUUUUCACUUCAUCUUUUAUUUUUUCUCUUUAAUUAUUUGACAUUUCGUAUAAAAUCAAAACUGUGAUCAUUUCUAUAUUUUAUCCUUUAAAUCCUAAAUAUUUUGUGCAUCCUUAAGCCUUUAAAUAUUUCCUUUUUAAAUACUUCUCUACAUAUUUCCUUGUAUAAUUUACAAAUAAGUUUUGUUAGUGAUAUUAACAUAAAAAUAAAACAAAUAAAAUAUAUACAAAUAA